GCGCUGGCUUGUAAAGCAGGCGCACCCGUAGCAUUACAUAAACAGUGAGAUGCGCAGUUACUUAACACGAUUUUUCCCCCAUUCAUAUUGAGGAUACAAUUGAGUCCCUUCUUUUUCACAACAAAACCAUUGUAGCUAGGUUUGUGCAACUCCGAUGCUUGGUCGUUUUCGAUGUAUUUCAUUUGAACGUUGUCUAGGGCCUUACAGGAAGGAACAUAACGAGACGAAAUAUGGAGAAAAGCAGCGCGACAACUUCUACAAAAAGAAAAGCUUCCUCAUCUGAGACAAGUCUUCCAGACUGCAAAAAGCUGAAAUCGAAGGAUAGUGGCAAGACUUGCGCAAAUAAAGCUCUGAACAAGGAAAAGACUAAAAUAGAGAAGGACUCAAGCAAGAAAAAACACAAAUUCUUGGGUAGGUCAGAAGUUUCUCUAAGUUCUAAAGAUGCAAGCCAGAAGAUGAUUCGGGAUGGAUGCCUAGAGGUUUCAAAGAAUGACAAAGGACAACUUGUUUUUAAAGACUUCCCACAGUUCCAACCUAACAUGUCACCAAAAGACGUACUUCAGGCUGGCAGCUUUGGUGGUACCUACUUCAGACCAAUAUGCUCAAGUGUCACAAAACAAAAUUACAAAGAUGAAUGGAAGGAGCUCCCUGAGGAUUGGCUGAAAGGUUUGAACAUUCCCACACAGGUGGCCUCAUCAACAUACACAGACAGUGUAAACACAUACAAAGUGAAGUGUGGAGGCAGUCUAGAAAUGUGGGAAAGCAGUGGAUGGAUUGUAACCCAGGAUCCCUAUGGGUGGUUUCAGUGGUACUGCAGGUUUUACCAUGGUCGGCGUACUAAGGAUGAUGAGCGUCAGAUCGGGCGAUGGGCAAAGUGUGCUGGGGUAAAAGGCCGGUGGAGAAAUAAUCUUAUCACCAAAGUUGUCCGGUCAGGCUGUGGCUUUGACAACCCAACAAUCUCUCCUGUGGUCAGACAGACAUUACAGCACUGGGGGUACCGACUGACCAAGGAGGACUACAAGGAGGGUGCCAAGAGGGUUAAGCCAAAAUAACCAUGCACCCUGCUUGUAUUCAUUAUACGUGUACAGUAGGGAGGCUGGUAGGUAGACGGGCUCAUUGUAAUGGCUGUAAUGGCUGGAAGGAAUUUAAAUGGAACGUUAAAAAACAGAUCAAACAUAUGGAAACAACAUUUGAUUCCAUUUAAUUUAUUUAAUUCCAGCCAUAUCAAUGAUCCCAUCCUCCUAUAGCUCCUCUCAACAGCCUCCACUGGGGUACAGAAAUAAGUGCAUGAGUUUGACUGUUUUAUUUGCAAACAUGUGUUUGUGGUAUUUUUGAUACUGUAAAUGCAAUGUUUAACUUUAAUGUGACUUUUUUUUAAAUAUAGAGAUAUCGAACUCCCUUUCUUGGAGCUUCUGUCUUGUUAUUCUCAUGCGUCUUUCACCUCUUAUGAGGUGGGUAUUGUGCGCUGCAAAAAGAAUGAGCGACAGAGCUCACCAGCUUGUAGUCCUAAAACCCGGAAAUUAGUUACAUCUGGUUUGUUCAGCCAUCUCUAAGGGAAGAAAGUAUAGGGUUUUGGAAUAAAACCUAAAAAUAAGGUCUGAGGAUAACUGACUUGGGUGAUGUUAUAUGUUUUGUUCUGUGAUAUAAUAGCAGUUAUGUAAAAAGGGCUUUAUAAGUACAUUUGAGUUAACAUACAAAUCCUUUAUGAAUUAUGCAGAGAUUUUAGCAUGAAAAUCUUGGUGGGGCAAACAAUAAAAAAAAUAUAAAUAAAUGUUUUAAUGCAUGCCAGCAAAGCCACUACACAACAUUAAACAAUAGAUUCAUUGCACUAUAAUGGUGACAAACAGUGCCCACAAACUGGUAGGGCCUACUUUAAGCUGUCUCAACAACAGUCCCAACACCUUAUCACUGCUACACCUGGGCCCUGAUUCAGAAAGCAGGUUUAACAUACUGAGUUUAAACCUGAACUCUGGGUUGACUAAUUCUGAGCUUUCAAACUCUGUGUUUUUGGUUUAAUUACAGGUGAUAACAAUUAGUUAAAUCAACUCUGAGUUAAGUUAACCCAGAGUAAAGCAUGUGCAUGAGGAGAUUAAAAGCCCUCAUCAAUGGAAAGCAGAUAACAUGAUUCAUCAUGACAACAGGAGAAAAAAGGGCUUGAACCUCCUACUUCUCCCCAGUGGAGUUAGAAAUAUUAAUGAAUGAGUAUGCAGAAUAUGAGUAUACACUACCGUUAAAAGUUUGGGAUCACUUAGAAAUGUCCUUGUUUUUGAAAGAUAAGCUAAUUUUUUUGUCCAUUAAAAUAACAUAAAAUUGAUCAGAAAUAGUGUAUACAUUGUAAAUGACUAUUGUAGCUGGAAACGUCUGAUUUUUAAUGGAAUAUCUACAUAGGCGUACAGAGGCCCAUUAUCAGCAACCAUCACUCCUGUGUUCCAAUGGCAUGUUGUGUUAGCUAAUCCAAGUUUAUCAUUUUAAAGGCUAAUUGAUCAUUAGAAAACCCUUUUGCAAUUACGUUAGCACAGCUGAAAAAUGUUGUCCUGAUUAAAGAAGCAAUAAAACUGGCCUUUAAACUA